AUGUAUCAUGAUGGGCCCACAACAUUCAAUAUCAAGUCUGAAGGUUUCACAACAGUGUACAAUGAUCUACACAGCCUGGUUUUUGGAGGAACAAAAAUACCCGCUACAAUGAUGGAUGCUUUUGGUGCAGCCUUCCAGCAAAAUGACGAGGUAGCAGACUAUGCUAUGACUUUGGGCUUAUUCGAGCAUGAGAUUCACGAAGGGUUUGAUGUUAUUCGAAGGAACCGAGGCCUUGAGGCAGUCUCAAAUGAUCCCAGCUGGUGGCUGAGAAUCAAUUUGAAUAUUUGUAUAAGCUAUUGGAUAGUUGCCACUGGUGUUGUGGUGGUAUAUGAUUGGGUCCUAACACUCUAUGGUGCUUGUCAGAUUUUAUUGGUCAUGCAGAUGUUUGUGCUGGGACCAUGCCUCAUCCUUAGCGUUCGAGAAAUCUGUGCUCAACUCGUGACUGGAUCCGACCCAGAAACCAGCAUGGUUUCAAUUGUCUUCCAGGAGCAUGUCUAUGGACAAAUCCACAUCACUACUGGAAAUGAUGAAGUGUCUGCAAAGCAUGAAACCCAGAUGGCUGAUAGCUUUUUGGCCUGA